UUACGCCUGCCUGCAAUGGGUGGGUGGCGUUACCGCGCACCACAGCCUCAAAGGCAACAAGUCCAGAGCCAACGCCAGGAACAUCAAAACUUCUACCCAACAGCGAGCGACAAGGCGCAUCAAUCCCAUCCAUCAAUAUCUCCACCGUAACGCCCAUUUCCAUCUCAAAACAACGUCGUACUCCAUAGAAAUUAUUGCUGUGAAUAACAUGGGCGUUAGUGACGCUUCGCAAGAGGCCUCUGGCACCCCAGACCCCGUCGAGACGGGUUUUGCCACUCUCAACUCGCUGAGGAUCGGUGUGAAGGCUUUCGUCGAGAAGGUGAGCGAAAAAAUUUGCCCAGCCACAUACAUCGAGUCACGUGAUAUCCACUACCCGCAAGAGGGAUUAACCAUGAAUGAAUAUAGGAUGGCGAGAAUCGAAAAGCAGAGAUUCUAUCUAUGAGACAGCGAAAGGGAGGCUCAAGUUUUUACGUUCACUACGUCGAUUUCAAUAAACGGCUUGACGAAUGGGUUCCUGCGUCCAGGAUUGAUUUGACCCAGGAGGUUGAGUGGCCACAGCCAGAGAAACCCGAGAAGAAGAAAGUUUCUGGUGCUGCAGCUACAAAGGCGCAGCCGAAGAAUGCUCCGAAGCGACCUCGUGGAGAUAGCCAAGGAAUUUCCUCGACUCCGGAUCUUCUUGCUGGCAAAAAUUUGAAUAUCAGCAAGGCAUCUCGUGCAUCCAAGGCUGGCGGGAAGGAGAACCGUGAAGAUGAAACGCCACUGAACCUUUCGCUGCUGGGCAGCGAGGUUGUUUCCUCAGUUGGCACGCCUAGACUGGAUGGGGAGUCUGAAGAUAUCGAAAUGCUCGAUGCUGUUGAUGUAGAUGCAAAGCAAGCUAUAAAGCAAGAGGAGGAUAAGCUAGCAGCACAAAUUGCGAAAGAAGAGGAGAUUGAAAAGCUCCGCACAGGCGGGAGCAUGACUCAAAACCCGACCGAGAUCCAUCGGGUACGAAACUUGACUCAUAUCCAAAUGGGAAAGUUCGAGAUAGAACCUUGGUACUUUUCGCCUUAUCCAACACAUUUCACUGAUGCGGACAUGGUGUACAUCGAUGAGUUCUGUCUCAGCUACUUUGAUCAGAAACGGUCUUUCGAAAGGCACCGUACCAAAUGUACCCUUGUCCAUCCGCCCGGAAACGAAAUCUACCGUGACGAUCAUGUUUCAUUUUUCGAGGUCGAUGGACGCCGCCAGCGGACCUGGUGUCGAAACUUAUGUCUCCUUAGCAAGCUAUUCCUUGAUCACAAGACUCUCUACUACGACGUUGACCCCUUCCUCUUCUACUGCAUGACUACGCGAGACGAACAUGGCUGUCAUUUGGUCGGAUACUUCUCCAAAGAGAAAGAAUCCGCAGAAGGGUACAAUGUAGCCUGUAUCCUGACGUUGCCACAGUACCAGCGUCGAGGCUUCGGGCGUCUACUCAUCGCUUUUAGUUACGAGCUUAGCAAACGAGAAAACAAGCUGGGUUCGCCCGAGAAGCCUCUUAGUGACCUGGGCCUAUUGGGUUAUCGUCAAUACUGGCGAGAAACCAUCGUCGACAUCCUGAUGGAGCCAGGUCGAGAGAGCAUCAGUGAAAGCGAACUGGCGAGUCUUAGCGCGAUGACGGAAAAGGAUGUACACGAGACGCUUGUUGUAUUGAAUCUCCUUAGGUAUAACCGAGGAAACUGGAUCAUCGUCCUCACCGAUGCCGUGAUCGAACAACACAAAAAACGGCUGGAGAAAGAAAAAAUCAAAGGCGCCCGCAAGAUCGAUCCCGCCAGGUUACAGUGGAAACCCCCUGUCUUUACUGCGUCAAGUCGGACGUGGAAUUGGUAGAGGCGCUUCCUCGCUUUUCUCCUUUUUCUUUGCCUUCCGCCUUUCCUGUUUCUAUAUAGGUGGGCAGGGUUUCCCCCUACAGCCCGACGGACGGCUUUUACCUUUUCUGGUUUUGUUUUAGGUGCGAGUUUAUUUGUUUGAUUUUGAGCGUUUCAUGGUUUGACUCAGCGAGGCGUUUGGUGUGCUUCAGAAGGUGGUUUUUUUCUCGGUGACUUAUUUCUUUCCAGUCCUUGCUUGCAUUCACGGCGUUUCACUUCUUUUUCAUGUCCUUUACUAGCCCCAGCAUUUAUAUAUUGGGGCUACCUUCUCUGCAUGUAUCCUACUAAUCAACAUGCAAUUACCACGUUCGGUAUAGAAAGCUACGUAACAAGCAAGCAAUGAGACAGUAUUUAGAACGGCAUAAGUAGUAACGUGCUUUUCGAACAGGGCUUGAAGAUAUAUAUAUAUACAUUGCCAUCAAGAUCUCUGUGACAGCAUGCGAUGCGACCAUUUGGUCCGUCUGCGAAGAGUCGUGAUACCUACCUUAAUGGUAGUGGGAAAUACACCAAGUCUGCUGUUCAACGUGUGCAAUAAUUCCAGACCCAAAGGGAAACGAAAUCAUGGCUACAGUCGUCGU